AUGCAAUACAAAAAGACUUUGGUUGCCUCUGCUUUGGCCGCUACUACAUUGGCCGCCUAUGCUCCAUCUGAGCCUUGGUCCACUUUGACUCCAACAGCCACUUACAGCGGUGGUGUUACCGACUACGCUUCCACCUUCGGUAUUGCCGUUCAACCAAUCUCCACUACAUCCAGCGCAUCAUCUGCAGCCACCACAGCCUCAUCUAAGGCCAAGAGAGCUGCUUCCCAAAUUGGUGAUGGUCAAGUCCAAGCUGCUACCACUACUGCUUCUGUCUCUACCAAGAGUACCGCUGCCGCCGUUUCUCAGAUCGGUGAUGGUCAAAUCCAAGCUACUACUAAGACUACCGCUGCUGCUGUCUCUCAAAUUGGUGAUGGUCAAAUUCAAGCUACCACCAAGACUACCUCUGCUAAGACUACCGCCGCUGCCGUUUCUCAAAUCAGUGAUGGUCAAAUCCAAGCUACCACCACUACUUUAGCCCCAAAGAGCACCGCUGCUGCCGUUUCUCAAAUCGGUGAUGGUCAAGUUCAAGCUACCACCACUACUUUAGCCCCAAAGAGCACCGCUGCUGCCGUUUCUCAAAUCGGUGAUGGUCAAGUUCAAGCUACUACUAAGACUACCGCUGCUGCUGUCUCUCAAAUUGGUGAUGGUCAAGUUCAAGCUACCACCAAGACUACUGCUGCCGCCGUUUCUCAAAUCGGUGAUGGUCAAGUUCAAGCUACUACCAAGACUACCGCUGCUGCUGUCUCUCAAAUCGGUGAUGGUCAAGUUCAAGCAACUACCAAAACCACUGCCGCAGCUGUUUCCCAAAUUACUGACGGUCAAGUUCAAGCCACUACAAAAACCACUCAAGCAGCCAGCCAAGUAAGCGAUGGCCAAGUCCAAGCUACUACUGCUACUUCCGCUUCUGCAGCCGCUACCUCCACUGACCCAGUCGAUGCUGUCUCCUGUAAGACUUCUGGUACCUUAGAAAUGAACUUAAAGGGCGGUAUCUUAACUGACGGUAAGGGUAGAAUUGGUUCUAUUGUUGCUAACAGACAAUUCCAAUUUGACGGUCCACCACCACAAGCUGGUGCCAUCUACGCUGCUGGUUGGUCUAUAACUCCAGACGGUAACUUGGCUAUUGGUGACAAUGAUGUCUUCUACCAAUGUUUGUCCGGUACUUUCUACAACUUGUACGACGAACACAUUGGUAGUCAAUGUACUCCAGUCCACUUGGAAGCUAUCGAUUUGAUAGACUGUUAA